AAGAAUGCAACUAUAUACAAAACAGCCUUGUUGUGUACUUUACCAAGAGCUCGUGAGCACAGUUAAGCCCUGUCUCAGAUGUGUUAUCUGUUAUUACAACUUUGACCAUCGGAGGAACAUUUUGGUGAAACAUACGUGGAGCCAAUGGAACUCACAACUGUGCCAACAGUGUUGACUGAAAAUAGCAGCUUGUCUCCAGUCACUGCAGAAUGGGAGCUUAUCCACACCAUCGUCCCCCCGUACAUCUUCACCAUAUCCCUGGCAGGUCUACUCUUUAACAGCUUUGUACUGGUGGUGUUUUUUGCCCACAAAGAUCGACUGACUGUAGCAGAGAUCUAUCUGAGCAACAUGGCGCUGGCUGACUUUAUCCUACUGUGUAGCCUUCCUUUCUGGGCAAUGAAUAUCCUCAACGAGUUCAACUGGCCAUAUGGAGAGGCCUUGUGCAAAAUCGUCAACGCCCUAAUUAUCAUCAAUUUCUACACCAGCAUCUUCACUCUGGUCAUGAUUAGCAUUGAUCGCUAUAUAGCACUUGUGAAGCCCAUGAAGGCCAGCUGGCUGAGACGGACGCUCUACGCCAAGGUAAUCUGCUUCAUCCUGUGGAUAUUAGGGGUCUUACUGAGCACACCGACAAUAGCUCACAGAAAGGUGAAGUUCUUUGAGUACUAUGAGACCACAUCCUGCGUUCUGGAUUACACCCAUGACAGCUAUUGGAAGCUGGCCCAUCAGAUUGUGAUAAAUGUGGUGGGCUUUGUUCUUCCUGUUUUGGUCAUUGUUUUCAGCAGUGGAAAUAUAAUCAAGGUUUUAUCUGAGAGGCGGGAAAGUGUUGGUUUUCAUCACACCAGUGAUAAAAAGGCCACUGUGCUGGUGUAUGUUGUUACACUGGUAUUUUUACUAUGCUGGGGCCCCUUCCAGGUAAUUACCUUUCUUGACAUUCUCUGUGAUAUCAAUGUGCUGGAUGAGAAGCUGUGGUAUGACACUCUGGAUAUAGGAGGGCAAUUCUCAGUAUAUCUAGCCUUUCUCAACAGUGCCUUAAACCCUUUGCUGUAUGUCUUCUCAGGGCAGUACUUUAGAAAGAAGGUUAGCGCCAUCUACAGAAAGACUAGAUAUCAACGCAGAGGAUCAGACAUGACCACAUAUCAACGCUCUGCUGUGUCCACUUACAUCAACAGAACAGAGCAAAUUAAACCUGUGGUCAUUUUUAAUGCCAAAGAAUAAAAUGUGUCUCCUACUGAUGGCAUCUACUUUCCUUUUGCUGCUUAUGUAUAAAAUGACACAAUAAAAAGGAUAUGUCUCUAAAACUAUUAUGUCAUUAAACUUAACACAAUAAUAAUGCUGUUAUAUGGCUAAUCGGCACUAUCAGAUGAUGUUUAAUGCUGUGCUUGAGGAAAUAAUGUAAAUAAUGGACAGACGCUGCAGGAGAAAUAGACUGAAAUGCAUUUACAGUCUGCAUAAUAACAUUUUUUCUUGCAUUGUGGACAAACAGCAUUUGUUUCUUUGACAUUUUCUAUGGAUUUAUAGCAACAGACUUCUCAGUUUGACUUUGUUUGUCUUUUACGUCUUUAAAUUUAAAUAAUUUGACAUGUUAGUCAGUAUUUAUUCAUUAGUUACAAACCAUAUAUUUAUAACUUAUGGCUUUUGCCUUUCGGUUAUCAACAUAUGGUCACUAAAUCAAAAAACAAUCCAAGUAAUGUCAGACCCUUUUUAUUUAGACCAAUGUACUGCUUUAGUCAUCCCAUUUCCUUUGCCUGCUACGCCUUCCUGGAGGAUUCUUGGAAAAGACUGAAGACAUUACUGUUAGGAGGAAACCUUUUUUCCUCACUCGUGUUGUUGAAGAAACUGUGGACAAUGCUCAAUUAGUUUGUGUGUUUCCGUAUGUUGUCAACACAUUAUAAGUAAUUGACUUUAGCAGACUCCCAAACAGCCUACCUCACCAUUUUCAUUUCAGAGGUGUAUGAUGCUGCUUGCUUCUGGAUGUUAAUUAAACUUUUAAGCUAAGAGGAAAUACUGUGGGUGGGGCUAAAUGUUGCUGUAGCUUUCUUGCCUUCACCUAAUAUUAGACCUUCCCAAAAUGAAAACAAUUAACAUCCACUACAGUGCACAACCGCCCCAUGGCUAUUUUUCCAGUGCAGUUAAAUGUUCUAAUGAAAUACUCAAGUGGCCUUAUUUUUGAUUUUUUAAAUGCUGCUAUCUCGUAAAAAAUGUAUGGUAUUAUAUUUGUUAUGUAAUGUAAUGUGCAGUGUGACAGUUUAUCUGAAAGUGACCUAGUCCAUCUCUCUGUCCAGCUGAAGACAGGACUGUCAUAGACAUUGCAUUAUGCAUUUUGGGUGUUCAGUG